CCCAUAGGUAGCCCAUAACUUAGGCUGAACAAAGAGAAUGGAGAAGUGAGGCAGGCAGCGAAAUGUGGGUACCUAAUGUAGACGAUAUAAUGCAGGAGAGCAAGCCAAAGUCCUCAUGCGGAGGGAUGCUAAGCAUCACUCAGUCAGUGCCGAUUCGGGGCGUGAUUCAUGGCAUCUUGCUGGUAAAUGCCAGGUCCAUGGGUCUGAGCUACAUACAAAAGUCCCAUUGCCUCUGCAAAGGAGGGAAACUUUCUCUCUGAGACUUUGGUAAGAGAUGCUUAUUGUCAUUGAUUUGUCUGUCAUUGGUUAAGGAACAAGCUAGUAGUCUGAAGAUUCUGCCCUAUUGUUUAUCAUGUUGCAUCUUGCAUGUCAUAUGAAUUAAAGUUAUUUUUAAGUAGCAUAUGUUAUUUCAAGAUCAGAACUAUUUUUGUCGCUAUGGUAUAAAAAUGUGUAAUACAUCCCCUGAACAUGAGUCGGAUGAUGUAAAAACCAGCAAUCGCUUAAAGUUAUGUUACGGAAGAUUCAUUUUUGACCAUCACACCACUUAUUCCCAUAGAUUGUUCCCCUGUUUCAGUGUGGGAAUACUGAACAGCUCAUUAGGAUGCUUUGAACAGGAACUGAACUGACAUGUAAUUACUGGGGAGAUUUAGCAGAGUUGUUCCUGUUUUUCUUAAGGGGUUCUUCACAACAAGAUCUCAUUAGUGUUCAGUGCUGUUCAUCCUUUUGGAGGCAAAGUUAUCAUUUCCAUCUCAUCUUGUUCCCAUCAGUUAUUUAAAGCAUGCAAUGUAUAGAUUGAGAAAUGUACAGUUCACAAAUACAUUUAGGAUUUGGGGUCUCAUAUCCACUCUAAAAAUAAUUUCAUCAUACUGAAGAGAUGCCAGAAAUUAAAAACGUCUAAACAUCCAAGAUUCAAAUUGACUGGACUUCUGCUCUAAAGGAUAAUUUCACUCUCACCACGUUGAAGCAUUUGGUUUUCUGAUUAGUUUCUAAACAAGGUACUGUAUAAUAAUUGUUUAUCUAAAUAAAGUAAUGCAACAGCAGAUUACAUGACUUCAAUGCAAUGUGGUCACACAUAUAACAGCACAUUAUUGCAUCUUUACUUCAAACUUGUAUGACUUGUACACAUAACAUGUUGUAUGAACAUUUUUCAUUGUGAUGCUCCAUGUUUAUGCUAUGUUCCCCAAGGUUGUAGGUAGCCUAUUCUGCAACAGUGCUAUAACUGUCCUUCUCAGCUGAUGGUUUUGCAGCAAUACCCCCCACCAGCAGAGGGUGCUGAAGGCCCGGACACAGAGGAGCAGAAUGAUGAUCACAGGCUAGGGGUCUAUGGCUGGAGGAAGCGCUGCCUCUAUCUGCUGGUGCUUCUCCUGCUCUCCACCCUGCUGGUCAACAUUGCCCUGACAAUCUGGAUCCUCGGGGUCACCUGUCUCAACACAGAAGGAAUGGGGCAGCUGAGAAUAACAUCAGAUCGGGUGAGGCUUGAUGGAGUGUCCGAGUUCCUCUUCUCUCUCUACGCCCAAGAGAUACACUCCAAACAGGACACCUCCCUUCUUAUCCACUCUGAGUCCCAGAAUGUCACGCUCCAAGCCUGCAAUGGGGAAGGAGGUGUGUUAGGUAGCCUUAACCUGGGUCCACAAUCCAUGGAAAGCGUAGGACAACAUUUUGAGGUGAUGACAAGCACUGGGAAAUUGUUAUUUUCUGCUGGUACAGAACAGGUAGUUGUUGGAGCGGAUAAGCUAACCAUUACAGGGUCUGAUGGUGCUCAGUGUGAACAUUCCAUAGAGACAUCCCUGGUCAGGGCAGAGCAUUCCAUGGACUUGAGGCUAGAGGCCCCCACCCGGUCCCUCCACCUGGAUGCUCCAAAGGGAGUCCACAUCAAAGCAGUGUCCGGCAGCGGCCAGGCCGUGUCCAGCAUGGACAUCUCUCUACUCUCUAUGGACGGAGUGUUGAUUCUGGAUGCUGAGAGGGUGCAGCUGCCCAGGUUACCUCUGAGUGGAGAAGGAGAGAAAGGGAGUCCUGGGGAGCAGUUGUAUGAAGUGUGUGUGUGUCCUGAUGGAAGACUGUACCUGUCCAAAGCUGGUCACACCUCCACCUGCCAUGACAACAGUCACAAUUGUUAAAAGACCACACUCUAUUAUCUUGAGAUUUGUAUUUACCUGGGAUCAUCUUUAUAAAUACAUCAUCAUCA